UUCGUUUGUAGGUAUUUAUAUCCAGUACGAAAAUGUGAUCUUUAGAUCGAAGACCAGACAGAAUAAAAUCAGUUUCGUUUUGUUGAAUUUAGGAGAUAUCACUGAAUUUUGAAUACACGGUUUGAAAUGGCAAAUUUCCCUCAUGACGUAAAGACGAAAAGUGGACUGACCGGUAUAUAUAACGAGAAAGUGACGAAUGUGGAACGUAUGAAAAGACCAAUGAACAGUAGCGGUGGUAGUGCAAAAAUCCCUUUUGUUCCUCAUCAGGGCGUAAGAGUAACCACGGACCAUGGAAAUCAAUACCUCGUUCAUAAAGGUGGUGGCUUCGGAAAGACUAGUCAGACGGUUGUAGUUGAUGCGAAACAUAUGUCCGAUCAAUGGAAAUCUAAGGGAUCACGUGAGGUCGGCGGUAACCACAAUGUUGGAAGUUAUGUUGAGACUGGCGGUCCAAAAUACAAUGUAUUUACUGAUAAUUGUAUACAGGGAGCCGGGAGGAUGUUUAAAAAGUGAUGAACAAUCACUGGUAUGACAUCAAUCACUAUUUAUUGACAAGAUUUAUACUGUAUAAAUGUAUGAAAAUCAAGGAUUAAAAUUUAGACUAAGCUUUUCUAAUAUAUUCAUAAUAAUACAACCAUAGCUUUUGGGUUUGUAGUUUUGACAAAAUAUAAGCACACAGACAAAACCAUUUAUACAUUAGCAAUGGAUUGAUAUUAAAUUAUAUCUGUAUUUUUUAAGUACAACAUAAGUUACCUAAACAAGAUGUCGAUUAUCAUAACCUUGAACAUUUAGUAGUGAUGUAUUUAUGAUAUUUUGACCUAUUAUAUCUGUUUGUUUUGCUCAGUCAAUAUAAUUGAUUUCUA